AUGAAUAAUUCGUUUGAAGUGAUAGAAACAACUAAAGGUCAUCCUCUAGCUAUACACGACGACUAUAAAUAUAGAAAGUAUCGAAUAAAUAACGCAAAUAUUAUAACCUGGGUAUACUUGAAUGAGAAAAAACAAGACAAAUGCAAAGGAAGAUUAAAAACGACAGGUACUAAAGUUUUAAGUGUUACCAAUCAUAAAUGUAAAUAUGACUUGGCAAAAAUUGAAGUAAAAAAAAUAUAUAAUAUUGCAAAACAACGUGCACUUGAUACAACAUGUUCAACCGCUCAAAUUUUUCAAGAAGAGUUUACACCAUUAUUAGAACAGGGAUUAGGUAGGUAG